AUGGCGUUACGAGCCGCUCAAUCUAUUCUAAACCAAUCGAACCCUGCCGAACUCCCAGUAUCGCGUACGCGUGCCAUGGCGAUAGACCUCGAGAGAAAGCAAUCGUUCGAACCAAAGCUUCAAAGUACGAUUACUAAGUAUGGGAUACCGACAGAAGAUAUAUAUACAAUUUUGACGAGACUGGCUUUACAGGUUGGCAUGGGAAGAGAUCAAUAUAUUGUCACCCGCGAACUAAAAAAGAGGAUAUAUAUACCACUUAAUACGAAUCGAGAAUAUAUCACUGUUGUUGAAGGAGUUAAUGCCUCCUCCGAAUGGGUAAUAUCUCCAUUUGUUAUUAUUGCGGCAAAAACCAUUAUCCAGGGCUGGUUUGAUGCCACUGGAUACGGUCAAAAUAUUGGGAUUGCCGUUAGCGGAAAUGGAUAUCCUGAUGAUGAAUUGGGAUAUCAAUGGAUUCACCGUGAAACCUUUCGCAAAGUUAAAGGUUGGCCCAAUAUCGAUUGUCAAUUUGUGAUGGAUUUAGCUCUCACCUUACGUACGAAUUUGUGGAUUUCUACUUACCUCCUCCAAGAGCCGUAUGAUACGCCAUCGGGAAUAUUCUCGAUAAUUUCAAGUGAAGCAACGCCUCGAAAUGCACGGAAAUUUGAAGCUCUAGAACGCCAAAUCAACGAAUCCCCGGCUCGUGGUGGUGUCGUACAACAAGCACAUCACCUACAUGAGGUGGAACGGGAGCUCCAGGAUAUUAAGGAUAAGCAGCUUCAACGCAAUCAAUGUCCCAAGGUCUCACGCAAGCAACUAGCAACUUCGGGGGGUGUCACGUUUGAGGAGGAAUCCCUAAAGGAUAAGGCUACCCUAUCCAAGGAUAAGCCUAAGGAGAGUGCCCAAAAGCUGCUGGCUCAUAGGCCAUACAGCACCUAUCUACACCGGAUAGGCCGACGAGAAUCGCCUGAGUGUCAGGCUUGUAAGGAGCCUCACGAGACAGUGAGGCAUGUGCUCUUUGAGUGCCGUGGACGUCGUGCAGGACGGAGAACUCUAUAUCGAGCCCUCAAGAAAGCUAGCGUGCCACUGCCUACAGCGGCUGAGGAAAGCCCCGAGGCUAGGCUGUUCGCAGAACCUAGAGCGACCCAGGGGCUGCUGCAAUUCAGCGGACAGCCAGAGAGGCUGAGUAGUGAUGCGUGGGGGUGGGAUAUGUUGGAAGAAGGUGGCCUAGGGCACGCUAGUCAGGAUUUGUACCAACUAGGCGUGCCCACGGGGGGUGAGGCCGGUAGGGCCUCCGCGGAUGUAGGUGUACGACAGUAA